AAGAAGUAAACGAAAUCCAUCUUGGUGGCUCAAGCGAAAUAAAAGGGUCAAUGCAAUCAACCAAAUUUGCUCUUUCUGAAAGUUGAAAAACCUUUGGUUCAAGUAACAUACUCAGCACAACGAUGACUUCACUCUCUGCAUUUCUUCCCAACCCAAACCCAAAUCUGAACCUUCUUCACAGUCACAACUUCAGCCUCUCUUCCGUUCCUUCUUGGAAACACAAAUCCACGCCCAGUAAGAGUCCAUUUUCUGUUUCUUGUUCUUCUUCCUCUCACACAUACGACGUCGUCAUAGUGGGGGCUGGCGUCAUUGGCUUAACCAUUGCUCGCCACUUUCUCCUUUCUUCCGACCUUUCUGUCGCCAUUGUCGAUAAGGCUAUCCCUUGUUCCGGUGCCACUGGCGCAGGACAGGGACAUCUAUGGAUGAUAAACAAAACCCCUGGUACUGCUACAUGGGAUCUUGCAUGGAGGAGCCAUCAACUCUGGACAACACUGGCUCAGAGUCUGGAAGAGCAAGGCUUGGACCCUACGGUGGAGUUGGGUUGGAAAAAAUCUGGAAGCCUAUUAAUUGGUAGAAGUGAUGCGGAGUCAGACAUGUUAAAAGAGAGGGUGAAGCAACUUUGUGAGACUGGAUUGAAUGCGGAGUACCUGAGUAGCAGUGAUUUGUUAAAAGAGGAACCUGAUCUGUUGGUGGACCAAAACAGUGCAGCUGCAUUUCUACCAGUAGAUUGCCAAUUGGAUGCUCAUCGUACUGUUGAAUAUAUUGAAAAGGCUAACAGGAAUUUUGCAUCGGAAGGAAGAUAUGCAGAAUUUUAUAAUGACCCGGUGAAAUGUUUUAUCAGGUCAGAUGGCAAUGGCGAGGUUAAAGCUGUUCAGACUUUUAAGAACACACUACACAGCAAGAAAGCAGUUAUAGUUGCAGCUGGUUGUUGGACUGGUGGUUUGAUACAGGACUUGUUUAAAAAUUGGGGAAUGGAGCUACAUGUUCCAGUAAGGCCAAGAAAGGGUCACCUACUUGUGCUUCAAAAUUUCAAUUUCCUUGCAUUGAAUCAUGGCGUGAUGGAGGCAGAUUAUCUCAGCCAUCCAACAAUUUCUGGUUUAGAAUCGUCAGAUUGUGAAAAGGACUUAUCUGUUUCAAUGGUAGCAAGUAUCGAUACAGCAGGGAAUCUUCUUCUUGGGAGUAGUCGCGAAUUUGUUGGUUUCAACACCGACUUGGACAAGUCUGUUGUCAGUUACAUGUGGAGACGAGUUGGAGAAUUCUUUCCCAAAUUGAAAACGAUUUCCCUUUCAGAUCUAAAUGCAAGUACAAAAGUCAGAAUAGGACUACGACCUUACAUGCCUGAUGGGAAGCCCGUGAUUGGGCCUGUGCCUGGCUUGUCAAAUGUAUACCUUGCGGCUGGACAUGAAGGUUCUGGGCUUUCAUUGGCUUUGGGGACUGCUGAAAUGAUUGUUGAGAUGGUGUUGGGACAUCAAGGAAAAGUUGAUACCACACCUUUUGCUGUGCAGCAAGCUCUUGGUUAAAAUUUAGACAACUCUUGAGAAUUGCAAUAAAUUAGCUCAAAACUUUUAUAUGAACAAGGUAUUCAAACUCAUGAUUAAAUAAUAUUUACUCAUGAGUUCUUAUUGUAACAAGAAAGAAAAGGUCAAAUAAAUCUUUAAACCACUUCUAAAAA